AUGGCCACAAAACCCCUACCACCCCUCCUCCUACUCCUCUCCAUCCUCCUCCUCACCGCCGGCGCCCAAUUCCAUCAACACACGUGGCAAGAAGCCUUCGACGUCCUCGGCAUCUCGUGGAACCGCGACGGCACCCUCAACCGCACCAUCGAGAUCCCUAUGCUCCCCCUCGUCGUCUACCUCCACGGCGGCGACUUCGUCCUCUUCAGCGCCUCCACGGUCAUUUUCCACAACUUCUGCAACGACAUCGCGGCCACUCUCCCUGCAGUCGUCGUCUCAGUCGAGCACCGUCUCGCCCCUGAGAAUCGUCUCCCCGCGGCCUACGACGACGCGCUCAACGCCUUGCUCUGGGUUCAGAGCCAGGCGCUCGGGAUUGGAGGCCGCGACCCGUGGCUCGAGUACGCCGACUUCUCCCGAGUCUACCUACUCGGGAGCGCCUCCGGAGGUAAUAUCGUCUACCACGCGGCGCUACGCGCCCUCGAUUUCGACCUACGGCCGGUCAAAAUCCGAGGGUUGAUGCUAAACCAGGCCUACUUCGGAGGGGUGAUAAGAACGGAGUCGGAGAUUCGUCUUAAAGACGAUACGCAUGUGGCGUUGUACGUGAACGACGUGCUUUGGAGUUUGGCUCUGCCCCGGAACUUGAAUCGGGACCACGAGUUUUGCAACCCCAUAUCGGGAGGGACGUACUUGGGUCGGGUGUAUAGGCUGCCCAAGGUGUACGUGAAGGGGGACUAUGGGGACCCGUUGGUGGACCGGUCGGUUCAGUUGGUGAGAUUCCUGCAGUCGUGCCGGGUCGAGGUGUAUUACCGGUUCAACGAGGGAGGUUUCCACGGAAUCGAGCUGCAGAACCGGACUGCGGCGGAACAGCUGUAUAACGACAUCAAGUGGUUCGUCGGAGGCGGAAAGGUGGCGAUGCCGGAGGGGGUCGCUGCCCCCGGUCAUGUUGCAGAUCAGUGA